AUGGCGCAGGCCAAGCGGUACGUGCUGCGCCUCUUCAUCUCGCUCAAGUACGUGACGGCCAACGUGGUGGACCGGCAGAGCGGCCGCGUCGUGGUCACCGCCUCCACCGUCGAGAAGCCCCUCCGGGACGGGCUGGAGUGCGGCCGCGCCUGCAACGCCAAGGCGGCCGCGGCCGUCGGCGAGGUGCUCGCCAUGCGCCUCCGGGUCGACGGCCUGGCGCGCGAGCCCAUCCACGCCGACGCCGCCAAGGAGGUCGAGAAGAAGGGCUUCAAGAACCGCACCAAGGUCUGGGCCAUCCUCAACGCGCUCCGCAGCCACGGCGUCAACCUCCACGUCGACGACGACGGCGACCAUAGGCGGCAUGUCUGA